UUAAAGCUACACGUUUUACAUUUUCAAUGCACAUGAUAUUUCCUUAAGAUACUAAAUUAAAAAAAAACGAGCUUUAUUAUAUUGCGAAGAACGAUACUCGAAAAUUAAUGUUUAAACAUUAUUAAAUAAUAAUGUUCCGAUUUUGAAAAAAUAAAUUAACAGGAAGUGGCAACGGUAAACAAAUGGCGACUAACCUUAUUUUGUUUAUAUUAUUUUCUAAAAGAAAGAACGUGAGAUAUUGUUUAAAUUGAAUGUUAAUGCUAUUAUUUAAUAUUCAUAUAUCUUACACAUUGCUUUAUACAUAAAAUAUCAAUAUGGCGGAAAAAAAGUAUGAUCUAGCCUUGAUAGAUACAAAAAAUGAUCAGCCUGUAAAACAUCAAAAAUGGUAUAAAGAGAGGCUUCAAACUAAAUACAUUAAAAAUUUGAAGCCUGGUGAAAAAAUAACUACAAGCAACACUAAGGAUUGGAUUUUUUUAAAAGAUGGAUUAGAUGACUUUAGAGAUGGCCUUCCUCCUGAUUCAAAUGGCUGUGAUUUUAUAAAGAUCGGCAAAGGAGAUUUUCCUAUAAUUAGCAGUGAUUUUCUUAGCUGCAAUAGUGGAGGUUUGAAAAAACCAGGAACUAAGAAAAGGCUUAGUCGAUUUCAGACCUAUUUAUCUAAGAAUACACCACAGCAAUACCAACGAAGAGCAUUUGUGGAAGAAGUUGAGCAAGGUUUACUAAAGCAUCCAUUAGCCUUAUACCCACACUUGGAAGAAAGUGUUGCACCAGAGAGAAGGCCCUUGUUAAAAUCUAAGUUGCAGGCAGUAGCUGCUUAUAAAGGAAACAAUGAAAUUAUUCAAAAAAUAUUUGAAGACAUUGUAGAUCUUCUAGACCCACAGUUUAAUAUAAAUGAGAUUCAAGAUGAUGAUAUUGAAGGUCUUGGAAAAUUAGAUGAGCAUUUAGAAGACGGUUCGUUCCCUGAAGCAGAUCAAAGUGUGAGGCCUAAGCCAGAUGAUUUAGGAUUUAAAGAUGGUGAUACCUUAGCAACAAAAAAUCUAUACCGAUGGGUGCCUCGUAAAGAAAGCAAGAAAGAUGGAAAGAAGACCAAAGAGAGUGAGAUACCCUGGAGUAACACUAUUGCUGAAGAAGAACACAUGAAAAGAGUCACACAGGAAUUUUGUGAAUGGGUGCAAGAUCUUGGUGGCGAGACGAACAAUAUAGAGGAGUCCACAAUAACUAGUCUGUUUGCCAGUGGCUAUGAAACUAAACCCGCCCUCUCUGUGCCUAUACAUGUUGUUGAACUGACCAACGUCCCUCAGGAACUUCGAGUGUCAGCAGUUGUGCCACCUCCUGCCCCCACAUCAAAAACUCAUUUGGCUAACUUUGAAGCUCCAAAAAAGAAAAUCUCCAGCGAUUAUGAGCCAAGCUGGGUUAAAUUUAGAUAUGGUGCUUGGUAUUUGCAUCCAAAGACUUGGAAGAAAAUGGGCUACACAGAACCCCUUGAAGAUCCCAAGCAGUUGAAAGAAUAUGAGUUAUCAGAAGCAAAGAAAAGGAGCAAUGAAUUGAAUCAUGAAUUGGCUGGCAUGCAUGCAUCCAAGGCAUUUUCUGAAUUUAUAACUAGGAAAAACACCAGAAAACCAGAGUUUUUGGUAGAAGUGGCAGAGAUCCAGAAAAAGGCGGCAGAAGAGGAGCAGAGGAGGCUAGAACUAGAGCAGCAGAGCAAACAGAAGAAACGAAUGUCUCUGAAAGAAGUGGUCGAGGCGUAGCUAUUGUACUCCAAGAAACAUUUCAUCCAUGUGGGUUAUCUACCAUGUCCCGUGGGUUAUCUCCCUGUCCCAGCUGUAAUAGAUGCUUGCUCACAAGACUUUUGAUCUGAAAUCACUUUAAGAGAACUUCUUUGUUGCAGCCUUGGAAAAGUUUGUUCAAGAGGAAUAUCUGCAAUCUUACAUCACAAUAAUGAAUAAAUUUAGCACUCUAUGUUUUUAAAAUUUAUUUUACCUAUCACUUUAGAUUAUUUUUUACUUAACACUACAGUUGAGAAUUGCAAACUUUGGUCACAGUUAACUGUCAAACAUUUCCUUUUUAAAUAUAAGUAUUGCCUUUUGUAUCUGUAGUGCUUCUCAAUUCCAUUUCUGUCCCACCAAAACUUUUCAUUUUUCUAAGCGGAUGGCAAUUAUAACUUAUCAUAAAAUUAAUAUUUUUUUUAAUAUGGCGAGAGAAUAUCUAGUUUCAGCAAAAAAAGGUGAUAUGGUUAUUUAUAGUAAAAAAAAAUUCUGAUGAAGAUAUGUAAGAUAGAGUGAGUUUAAUCUCAAAUAUAGAGCUGUUUUGGCAUUGAUUAUUUUCGUAUGGCCUACUAUAGUAUAGGACAAUGUUGGGUUGUGUAGAAAUAAAUUUUAAACCAAAUUUUUAAAAGUACAAAUAGUAAUUUGGUGUACAUAAAUUGUUUUCAAAUGGUGAAGUAUUUUUAUCUAGUUAUUGUCGUUGAAUUGACAGCUUUGUCUUCAUGAGGUAUUGUUCUUCAAACAUUCCGUGGAAUAGUAAAACAAACACAGAAGGAAUCUUAGAGGAAAGGUGGAGAAUGAGGGCAUGAAAAGUACUGAUCAAAGCAGUAUUAAUGUGUGCAUAUGUAUUAA